AUGGCCACUGCAUCAGUGUCAACACCCAUCAAAUCCCACAAGGGUCUUUUCUCCUCCCGUACCGCUGGCGGACGGAUGCCUCUGACCCCUUCCCCUCGUCAGCAUUCGGCCACCUCCGUUUCAGUAAACUUGAACUCCUCCCCGUUCACCCCUGAAAAGCAGUCGAGCAACGAGGCCUACCGCGCACCUGGCAAGUCUUCUUACAGCAGCAAUCUCACCGCACACCUGGCCAGAUCGACCACAUCCAAGUCGUCCCACCGCGACUCGCCCAAGUCCAAUAUUGCCAGAGGUGUCGCCACUCCCCGCAGAGCUCUCGAGCUUGGCGUCUCCGACUUUAGUCUGACUAGUGUUGGUACCUCCAAGACUCCCUCCAGCGCCAAGUCCAAGAAGAGUUCCCUCAGGCAAAAGACGGCCAAGACUACUGUCAAUUAUGGCGGCGACCGAUUCAUCCCCAACCGUAGCGCCAGCUCUGCCAUCUCCAACGCCGGCAGCAGCAAGCUUGACCGUCCCGACAAGCGUUCCAAGGUUAGCUCUAGCGAAGCCUCCAACAUCCUCUCGUCGGCCACUGAGGACGCUAUUGCUGCCCUUGAAGGCCUGAAUAUCGACGAUGAUGAGCCCGCUGCCUACUCCCGGCCUUCUCCGAAUACAGUAGCCUACCAGGACUCUCUCGCAAGCGCUUGCGGCGUCAGCCUCAACACCCGUAUCCUUCAGUUCAAGCCCGCACCCCCCGAGUCUUCUAAGCCCAUAGACCUUCGCCAGCAGUACAACCGUCCCUUGAAGCCUGCCAGUUCCACUUCGGCACAGUUUCGCCGACGCGUCGCUACUGCGCCUGAGCGUGUUCUCGAUGCUCCUGGGCUGAUUGACGACUACUACCUCAACCUGCUUGACUGGAGCUCUGGCAACCAGGUGGCAAUCGGUCUGGAGCGCAACGUCUAUGUCUGGUCUGCCGACGAGGGAAGCGUUAGCUGCCUCCUCGAGACCAGCCCUGACACGUACGUCAGCAGUGUCAAGUGGUCCGGUGAUGGUGCUUACGUCGGUGUCGGCCUAGGCACCGGCGAGGUUCAGAUCUGGGACGUCGCCGAGGCACAGAAGGUUCGCAGCAUGUUUGGUCACGACACCCGCGUCGGCGUCAUGGGCUGGAACAAGCACCUUCUGUCCACCGGUGCCCGUAGUGGACUUGUCUUCAACCAUGACGUCCGCAUUGCGGAACACAAGGUGGCAGAGCUGGUCUCGCACACCUCCGAGGUCUGUGGCCUUGAAUGGCGAUCCGACGGCGCCCAGCUUGCUACUGGAGGCAACGACAACCUUGUCUCCAUCUGGGACGCUCGCUCCUUAUCUGUUCCCAAGUUCACCAAGACCAACCACAAGGCCGCUGUCAAGGCCCUCGCCUGGUGUCCCUGGAACAUGAACCUCCUGGCAACGGGUGGUGGCUCGUAUGAUCGUCACAUCCACUUCUGGAACUCUACUUCGGGCGCUCGUGUCAACAGCAUCGACACCGGCUCGCAGGUCACUAGCCUUCGCUGGAGCCCUCACUACCGCGAGAUUGUCAGCUCCAGUGGCUUCCCCGACAACUCUCUGAGCAUCUGGAGCUACCCUACCCUGGUCCGCAACGUGGAGAUCCCUGCGCACGAGAGCAGAGUCCUGCACAGCUGCCUCAGCCCCGACGGACAGAUGCUUGCCACUGCAGCCGCCGAUGAGAGUCUGAAGUUCUGGAAGGUCUUCGAGAAGAAGGCAGGGGCUAGCGCCGGUGUUGGCAGCAGCACUUCGUCGGUAAAGGCGGACAUGGUGAAGCAGAUGACGAUCCGGUAA